AUGGCGGACCAAACGGCUGCAGCAAAGCGAGCUGCGGGGCUGACGAAGCUCUUCAACGCCGUCAUCCAUGGCCAUCGCGAACUCAAGACGGCAUCUGAUGGCGGCCGAUUCCUGGAAGCGCUGUGUGCCCAGGAGGAUGCAUCCAAGUGCGUGGAGUGUUUGGUCGCAGCUCCUGGCGGCUUGGGCGCGGUUGCGAAGGCGUUCCGUUUCUCGGGCGAUGGCGCUUUCCUGAACGGCUUGGCCUCUUCCGUCCUUCUACAUCUCUCCCAACCAUCCGUCAAACAACUUUACGGCGGUCAAUUCCUUGAGCGCGUUCUGGAGGCUAUUGUGCAGCCUCCAACAUUCUGGAACACGCUUGUGCAGGCACAUACUACUGAGCUUCUCUCCGAAGACGGCACGCGCGCCUUUGCGUGGCUGUUGCUCGAGCUGUUACGCAGUCGCUCCAAUGAUAUACCAGAUGUGCGAUCCAUCGCUGAACAAGUCACCAGUGAUAAAUCGCUCAUCGAUUCGGAGUCUCUAGAUGUCCGCAAUCUAGGCCAGAAAAUCAAGCACGUCCUAGAAAGCACAUCUGAUGAUUCUGUCGAUGGCCCCGGUGGCAGGCACGACAACGACAAAGCGGACUACCGCAAGAUCAAGCUAUUGCCAACACCAGAUGAAUUUGUGUCGGACGCGCAGCCGUUUUACAGGCGUGCGGAUGUUGUUGCUUCGGCCGCUCCAGAAGGCCGCAGCCUGAUGCAUCUCGACAAUCAAUUUCGCCUGCUUCGCGAGGAUCUUCUAGGUGAAUUGCGCAACGACUUUCAGAUUGCCAUUGGUAAGAAGAAGGGGCGGCGUAAAGUAAUCCUCGAAAAACUGCAAUAUGCUGGUAUUGACUGCGGUCCGUAUACGAAACACAAACCUUGCUCGUUGAAGCUUCGUUGUCCAAAUGGUAUCCCUCAACUACGCAACCUCAAACACGUACUCGGGCCCAACGGCUGCUGUAGCAGAAUUUCAAUGAAAUUGCCCGUGCUCCGCACGGGCCUAUCACCUCAACGAUAA